CGUGGCUCGGCCCGGCGUCUCCGUCGUCGGCGGACUUGAUGUUGACUCACAGGGUGAGGAGACUUCAACUGGCCGACAACCCGUCCUACUUCACGCUGCCCUCCGGCCCGCCCUGCCGCGCGCUGCCGCUCUCGCUGCUGAAGAGGCGCGGCGCCGGAGUGUCGGCCAAGAUGGGCGGCGGGCAGUCCAGCUCCGCCCCCAACACGCCCACCUCGCCGCCGCCGCCGCUCCGCCGCAGCUUCCGCUCGCUGCUGCGCUCCACGUCGGCGGGCAGCCCGCCGCACCUGCUGGUGCUGGGCGAGCCGCGGCCGUGCGACGUGGCGCCCGGAGCCCGCCCCCGGCCGCCGCCCCCGGAGGAGGAGGAGGUGCUGCUGGGGCGCGAGGACGCGCGCUACUACAACCUCGCCGCCCCCGCCGGCCGCCGCCACUCCACCGGCACCUACCUGGGCCGCGAGGAGCCCGGGGACCCCGCCGCGCGCGCUCGUCCGGGACACUCGCGCCGGAGGUGCGACCGCUGCUGCGUGCCCAAGGUGAACAUCGGAACACAACACACGCCCCGCUGGAAGUCGCAGCACGCGGGGGUGUGGGGCGGUUAUCUUGGCAACUGUGAGGCUGAUGGACGUCGCUCGGGGAGCGAGGUGUGUUCCUGCGCGGCGCGACACUUUCCCACGCGACGCGACCUCUCUCGACCAACCAGCGACGUGCGCGACGGCGCGAGGCCCGCUGCCAACAAGCGCUGGGAUGCUGACCACAAAGUACCCUACACUAUGCUGGACAACUACCAACAACGCGGUGGCGACGUCUCGGACGCACGGAAUGCCGUCGUGAACACGAAAAAGAGCUGCGGCCAGAAUUUCGCCCUUCAGAAGUCGCAGCGCGUGGAGUCGGCGCACCAAGGCCGCGCAAGCGGGGGUUUCCCGCUCGCCGCGGCUGCGUGUCGCGGAUGGGCAUCGCGCAGCAGUUGCCUGGCCCCCGACUUCAGCGUGAUCACGCAUGCGAUUUAUCUGGAGUCAAAGAGUUUUACUGCAGAACAGGACGAGAAAUUGAUUGAUUUAGUAAGGGAGCAUCGUGUGUUAUAUGAUUUGCAUCACUGCAAGUACAAAGACAGUAUUGUUCGAGAAAAUGUGUGGAAGGAAAUUGCAGCUUCUUUAAACAAAGGUGCAGAAGACUGCAAAACGAGAUGGAGAACCAUUCGCGACUCCUACAGAAAAAGCAACAAGAAACUGAAAACUGGGUCGAAGACAGGUUCACCGGCAUUUUCAAAAUCGAAAUACAACACAGAAAGCCUGAAAUUCCUUGAUGAAACCUACAAAGAAAGAGCAUCAAAAUCAAGCAUCAACAUAAAUGAAAUAAUUGAAAAUAAUCAAGAAACACAAGAAAUGGUGGAUGACUGUCCCUCUGAAGAGUGCAACCAAUUUCAAGAAGAAGAAAGCGCUCAAGAAUCUACAAAUUGGCCUAGCGAGCAAACAAGUUCUUCAGAAUUGUUAAACAGCUCCAUUAAAAAAAGAAAAAUUACAGUAAAAGAAAAAAUGUUAGAUGAAAUAAGAAAAGGUCGUGAAGAAAGAGGGAAAAUAUUAAAAGAUCUACUUGAAAACCGCGGCCAAGAUCGUUCGCAACAUCCGAUAGACAUAUUCUUCCAGAGCAUGUCUGAAACUGUUAAGCAUUUCCCCCCACACCUCAUUGCGGAAACUAGAUUAAAAGUGUGCCAAGUUGUGUCUCAGAUGGAACUGAGAUCGUUGAUGGAGCAUCAGAACCAGACUAAUCCUAAUCACCAACAAUGUUAUCAACAUGUGGAUAUUGGCAGCGGUUUUCCUGUCUCUGUCAUAGAUCCCACCCAAAUUUGUGAAUCUACUGGCAGUAAUAGCUUGAUUCAUUCAACAGAUAGCUGUAAUUCUAGUGGUAACGAUGCUAAUGUGGAAGAAAGUGACUUCGUGAGACUAAUUUAGAAAAUAACCAGUAUUAGUUCUGUGAGUAGAUGAAUGCAUAGUCAGAGACAUUUUAGGAAAUUCAUCAGUACAUGGACAUUUAAAUUUUUAUUAAACCUAUAAUUUCAAUAUAAUUAAGUAAAUAUUUUUAUAUUUUGUUUUCGUUUAAGUACUUUGUGUAUAUAAAUAUGAAACAUUAAAAAGAAAAACAUUACAUUAAAGAGGCUUAGUUAAAUUUGUUUACCUGAGAGUAAGACAUAACUUCUGUUCAGCAGAUAUUGGCCUUUUGACUCUGUUGCACUGCGAUCUCGUGAUGUCUUCUUUAACAAAGCCUAAUAUUGUAUCAAAUAUCUCAGUCGACACUCUGAAAUAUUCUCUAAAUUUAGUUUCGUUAUCAAUUAAGUGACGUAAUAUCAACACACUAUAACAUCCCUCGUCUUCUCUCCUUCUAAAUAUAUCGCUGUCAUCUUCUAGGAAGCAUGAGAGCAAUAAAUCAUCAUCAGCAUCUUCCUCCAACAAGACGGCAGAGAUCGCUGCUUCCAUCGCGCAGACUUGUUUCCCGCGUUCUAACAAAACAGACCCAGGUCAGUGAUCACGCAUGCGGCGAUCACGCAUCACGCAUGACGCAUCGCGCAUCGCGCAUGCGUGGUCCUUGGAAAA